CCUCCUCGUUGCGAACGAGGGCCACUUACACUAUUUCAACGUCGCUUCCUAGCGAUAACUCCACCCUUGACCCUUCCGACACUCGAUUUCUCUUCUCAUCGCCAUAAUCAUCUCACAAUGGCGCACAAAUUCGUCGUCACAGCCUUCUUGACAGGCUCCCGAAUCCUCGGUCGAUCCUUCGUCGCCGCUUACAAGCAAGCUCAGGCUGCCUCCGCCUACCAGCGCGCCCAGGUCAAGGCUGGCAACACCACAGGCGGUGCUUCUCUCUCCUCAGGCAUGACCCUCGACGAGGCAUGCAAGAUCCUCAACGUCAAGCCCCCUGCCGGCGGACAAGCCAACGUCGAGGAAGUGCUGAGCCGCUACAAGCGCCUAUUCGACGCCAACGAUCCUCAAAAGGGUGGCAGUUUCUACCUCCAGAGCAAGAUUGUGAGAGCAAAGGAACGAUUCGAGCGAGAGAUUGGUCCUUUACGGGAGAAAAUGGAGGCCGAGGCCGAGAUCAAAGAAGGCUUCAAGCCCAAGGUUUACAAGGACUAGUCUGACAUUCCCUUAUUUGUUUGGGUAGUGAACGAUUGGAGGUGGUGGAAAAAAAAGCGGCACACCACACUUGUACGAUUUGGCCUGGAGUACGACAAAGACACAAAAAGGGGCCUCGUAACGGGAGUUUUGAGGGGGGUUUUGGAGAAGGAGGGAGUUUCUCCUAUAUACAUGUACAUCUUCACUCGACUGCGGCAUGGCACGGCGUUUAUUGGGUUAUCGGUGGCGUGAUGAGCCGCUCGAGGUUGGUUCUUAGACGAAGAAAAAAAGACGACCUAUGUUAUCUUAUGUUUAAUACAACUGUACGAUAUUGAACGGAG